CAAUCAUUCACGAACUGACGCAUAUUUGACUUCUAAAUUUGUUCAUGAUUUAACUCAAAGCUGAAAAGACACUUUCAACACUUGUCGUACAACCAUAAAAUCAAUACAAAUUAAGGAUAGCUUGUAAUUAGAUUAAUUGUUAGGUUUUAAAAAUAAUUACAGAUAGAGAAUAGGAUUUUGCUAUUACACGGUGUUUAGAAUAUAACAACAAAAAGGUUGUAGCCUAAUAGGAAUUAUAUUUAUUAGUAAUAGUAGUGUCGCGAGUUUGAAUUACCCAAAGUACCACUUAUUCCCGUACGCAAACUACAAACAAGAGUAGUAUAAUCGUUCUUUCAAAUUUUAGGGUUUUCCGAACUAUUAAUUGUAAUUUUUUAGUUUAUACGUAAAUUACCACCGAGGAUUGGAUAAUCGAUCUUCCAAAAUUUAGGGGUGUCCCAGGACACCCCUAAAUGGCCCUGGGUCCGCCCCUGAUUGAGUCUAUAUGCUACACAGUUGAGACCGGGAUGUUAAUUUCUGAAACCACGGGUCAAAGUUGAUUAUAUGGUCAUAGUCUGGGCCAAAAUAAGGUAUUAACCUUGUUUUAGUUAUAAACAAUGGUUCUAAUAAUUUGGUUGAUGAUGUUGGGAGUCAAACGGGAAGAUGUAUACAAAAUGCAUAAUCGUGAAGAGGGGAUCUACUAGUCAAAAGAGAGAAACUCCGAUUUCGAAAGUGCUCGAAAUUUCAUGACAUGAUAUUGUUGAUCCAAACAAAUUUUAGAGUCUAGCUAUAUUGGUGACUCUGGCGAAAUCCUCCAAUUCAGCAACCCUUAUGCUCAAUAAGAGCCAGCAUAGGUCAGUUGUCAAAAUUCAUAUAAGAUUCAUAUUAUUAAUGAAGAAAAUACGAUGAUAUCAUAACUAGAUGGAAAGCAAAAUCGAUACUAUUUGAUCCAUUCUUUUUCUUACAAGAUUCAAUGUGCUUAAAGCCAAAAAAAAAUUCUCAAAUUACACAAGACAAAAUUAACCAACAUAUGUUGAUUCUUUUUUAGCGAUUCGAUUUGAACCAGAUCAUUGAAUAUAUCUCUAGGUAUGGUGACGAAUCGAGUAAUUUGUUACCUUGUUUAAGUUCCCCUCUCCCCGUGCGAUUCAAUCUGAGUGACUAUUACAAAUCGAGUAAUUUUUUACCAUGUUUAAGUUUUCAUAAGAUCCUAUGGGCCAAACUCAGAACCCUAUCAAAGAGGCUUAUUUGUACCCGACUGUGAGAAUUUAAUAUACUUGACAUAGAUAGACAACCAUUCGUUUCCUCUCACUCUCAAAGUUCAGUAGAGAGUGCACAUCCAAACAUACAUACAAUGCAAACACAAGGUUAUUGACAAAGACUGAACAUAUUGGUCCCCCAAAGGCGGCACCACAAACAUUUCCAUAAGAACUCAUGUCCUCGUACAGUUCGUAUGUUGUGUAUGCACAUUAAAUUCUUUCCACGAUUUGAAAUCUCAGAUGAAAUAAUUGUUGGUUUUGUGUGUAGUGUACUGUUAGAAACAUGCAAGCGUGCAUGACAAAAUGUUGAAGCCCUUCAAAACGUUAAGAAAAUUAAGCUUGCUUUAGUCCGGCACUCGAGUAAUUUGAGUUAUUAAAAUGUACUAUGUUGAUUUGCAUAAGGACUAUUAAUGAUGUUGAAUAAGAGGAUUAAAUUUUCAUGUAGUUCUACUUGUCAUAUAAGAUUAUAUAAGUGGCUAGUCAUCAGAACCAUUUACGUACCUAUUAGAUUACUAAGCACAUGAGGAUUUUUAAGACCCAUAUUAAUGUAAGGAAUAGUUGGUAACUAGAAGAAAAGGAGAUCAUAAAACCUUGCAAUAACAUAUAGGCAUUGUGCGAUGGCUCAUUAUCCAUACUAUAAAGGCUGAAAUAAUUAGGAUUGCUUCACAAUAAUGGGUAUCAUAUAUACCAUUUUCUUGAACAACUUCUGAAAUAAAUUAAAUUCAACUUAAUAUGAAAUUGAAAUUUGCAAGCAUGUCAUCCAACCAAUCAUUUACAUGGGAUUAGAAGAUAGGAUUUCUCAGACCCGUCUAAAAAUAUGAUAUCAUGUCAAGAACAAACUCUUUACAGGAACGAACGAUAUAUGUUUUUAUGCGUUCUCUUUUCAUUUCCUCGUGUUGUUUCAUGACAAGAUAUUCUGUAUUUCAUGACAAGAUAUUCAGUGUACUCACUUUAUUGGGUGCAUGCUAUGCACCAACUUUAUAAUCAUCAUUUUGAGCAGUCGAUUCAUGUUGAACGGUGUCAGUUGCCACUUGUAAUACAAUGGACAAGAAUAUGCAUGAAAUUUCACAAAUUUCAUUCAACAUUUAUUUUGAUUUAAUGGAUUUAAGGUUUAUGAAUUUAGGGUUAGGGUUUAAAAUUUCAUUUUCAGAGUUCAGCAUCCAGAAUUUAAGGUUUAGGACUUAGGAUAAUGCAUGGAUUAGUUGUGAUCCUACAUCAUGCCAUCAUAUUAGACUGAUACUAUCCAUUAAAAAUUCAAAAUAUAUGCAAGUUUUCAAAUUAAGUACAUAUGUACACUCAUUUUUGUCAGUGCACCGUAGAAGUUACCUCAACUACCGAAAACAAACACAAAUACCUCCCUAUCAUCACCUAUCAACAACAUGUAUAUAGUUCCUACAAAAAAAAAACAUGUAUAUAGUGGGUGAGCUUCAUUCGAAAAUUGGAGGAUAUAUACCCUUUUACAACCGUCCAUAACCUAGACCUAAACGCACGUACGAAUUAGGGUCAUAUUCCAAUGCUUGUUUGUUUCAAUAUAUAUCUCCCAAGCGAUCUCCCAUAUCUAACAGUCGCUCUUGGCUAGCUAGCUUGACCAAAAUAGAGAGAGAUGGGGAGAAGGCCUUGUUGCUCAAAGGAAGGACUGAACAGAGGAGCUUGGACGGCCAUGGAAGACACGAAGCUGGCCGACUACAUUGCAGCCCACGGCGAAGGCAAGUGGAGAGACCUCCCUCUGAAAGCAGGAUUGAAGAGAUGUGGGAAGAGCUGCAGGUUAAGAUGGCUCAAUUAUCUCAGGCCGGGAAUCAAGAGAGGCAAUAUUACAGAUGAUGAAGCGGAGCUCAUCAUUAGGCUUCACAAGCUCCUCGGAAAUAGGUGGUCGCUAAUAGCGGGAAGACUACCAGGACGAACAGACAACGAGAUAAAAAACUUCUGGAACACCAACCUACGCAAGAAGCAGCAUCACCACAACCCUCAAGGCACACAAGAUCCCACGGCAGCAGCCGAUCAUCACGAAGAUCACAAACCAUCUUCCUCCAAAGUCGUCGCUAUUGAUAACAUCACUCCCACCAACCAUGACCAGAGCCGUUCAGAUUUGUCGUCAAAAGCGAUCCGAACCAAGGCGACCAGGCCGUGCAGAGGCAAGGCCGUCUUCCCGCACGACCAUACGGUUCCGUCGCCAAUUUUAAUGCCCGCAACGCGUAACAAUAGCGACGGAAGCAAUGACGACCAGAAUUGUGGUCACGAUGGUGCUAGUUGCUUUGGGUUGAGCUGUGAUUUGGAGAUAGAUGAGGAGUUGCUGUCGGAUUUGCUUCAAAGCACCGACUUCUCGUGGCUAAUUGACGACGACCUCGUGAUCAACGGCGAUCGUCGAGAUGGAGGAGAUAAGUGCCCGCAAGAGAGGCUGUUGGAAAUGGUGACGGCCAAUACGGUCGCUAAAGAUGAUGAUUGUGGUGAUUGUCUUGAUCAGGAUGAGAUGGUCGUCGCCAGAUCGGCUGCCGGGGCCACGUCAGCACAAGGGCAGACUAGUCUGAUUGCGGACGUGGCAGCUGCUGCAGGAACGAGUUCAGAUGCUGAAGGCGCCGGGGCAUGAUCAUCGUUCAUUAUAAUAUAUACGAUGAAAAGGGUAUAGUUAUUAUUGGCAAGACCACGAUUUGCAGCUUAUUGGUCAUCCACAGCUUUGCACAAGUACUAUAGUUAUGGGUUUUGGCGAUUAUCUAAGUAGAAUAAAGAAAAUGGUCUCUA